AUGGAGCAGCUCCGCGAGUGCACAUUCCAUCCUAAUGUGCUGAAGCCUCCUCGGUCACUACCUAAAGAGAAAGCGCUGAGUUCGACCGGCCGCCCCGGCAUAACCGAGUUCCAGUGGCUAACGCUCAGCCCACGCCAGAAAAUAUUUAGGAGGGAUGAAAACUCAAGUUCGAAUGAAGCGUGUGACGUGGAUCAAAAUGUGAUCCAAAGACUGCAUCUAGACGGAACAGCACGCUAUGACUCUCGAGAGCGCGCACGGGCGGCUCUUGAAGCUCAGGAAAUGGAGGAAUGUACCUUCAAGCCGAAGAUUAACCCGACGUCAAAAUCAAUGUUCAGUAUGGUGGAUCACAAGCCACUACACCACCGCGUCUCGGAUCUUCAACGAGCUAAGGCUGAGUACAUUGAGCGCAUCCGCGAGCAGCUUGACCUGGAAGAAUAUGGCCCUCUAUCGUUCACUCCUAUGAUUAACCCCAAAAGCAGGGAGAUCGCUACCAACAAGUUGGCAGAAAGAGAAGCGGACGCGUUCAUCCAUGCUAGGCCUGGUAAGCCAAGAUCCCAGCAAGUGACCGAUCGCCUGGCUGAGGAUGCUGAUGCUGUAGCGGAGAGAAGACUAGCCACCCAGGAAUACUUCGACAUGUGGAAUGAGCAACCAUUCGCACCAAAGAUCAGCGAGACAUCAAAGCGAAUCGUGGAGCAAAAACCAGAGUUUAAGAUGGACUUUGUCGCGCGACAGCAAUACUUCCAGUCACGCGACCAGGAGAAGAUGGAGGCGCUUGAAGGAUUUUGUGAUGAAGACUAUGCGCGAGGGGAGCGACUAACAUUCAAGCCUGACAUCGGCAAUGCAGAAGGCGUGCUAAAGCAAUUGAGACCCGACAGGUGCAAUGAAAGCAGCCAGCAGAAGCUCUAUCGCCUCACGUAUAAUGAUCAACGCGAAGCCGAAUUGAAGAAGCAGCGCUUGAGAGAGGAGCAGUACGCACAGUACACAUUCAAACCCGAAAUCAAUCCAGUAUCCAAGGCACUAGGUAAGCCGUCCACGCUUGACGAGCUUUCUCACCCUGUGCGUGAUAUUCAACAAGAUCUCCCAGCCUCUAAGCGCUCUCCGCCACAAGACCGAAGAAGUGCUGGCGAUUCGUCCGCGUCGAGGGUUGCACUACGACAAUAUUUCGCUAACAAACGCUUUCGCUCCCGUGUGGCACUUGAAAUGGAGGAAGCAAGCAAAGCUGAAUGCACUUUUCAGCCCACACUGAUAGCCUCCAAGAAUCGCAAGAGCAGUGCUAGCACCAACAAACUUUAUAAUAGGGAGCCGCGAUCGAGAACGAAACUAGAGUGGCAAUCCGAGAAUUUGCUUCAUCUUAUUGAGGCGGAACGUCAGAAAAAGGAAGAUGAGAUUGAAGCAAAGCGGAAUGCUCAAGAAUUAAAGGAGCUGGAAGAGUGCACGUUCCGCCCCAAUAUCCAGAAGCCAAGGCGACGAGGCAAUUCAGACGCGAAAGGCUCUCCCUCCCCGCCACGGGACUCCGAUACUCAAGAUAAGCCUGUAAUUGUUCGUGGACUCGGGCGCUUCCUUGAGCUCCGAGAACUAGCCCGAAAGCAGCAAGCAGAGCAAAAGCAGCGUGAACAGAAAGUAUUCGCGCCGAACAAGUCGUAUGAGCCGCGUAGUUACACAGUGCCAAAACCAUUCAAGUUGUCUGAAAGCAGCAAAGACUCCAUUCGACGGCGACUGAAGGUCCGCGAGGAAAUGCGAGCCAAGGAGCGCGAGGAGUGCACUUUCAAGCCGCAGACUGUGUCAUCCCAGAGUCGGCGCGUUCUGCAGAAUAUGCUAAACAAUUAA